GAGGAAUCAAAUCAACAGUCUUAACAUAUUAUUAGUCUUAUUAGAGCAACGAUUUUACGUGAAGAAAAGGAACGCGCGAAGGAAUUUUUUCGUGAGAUGGAAUCUGAAGGAAUCAAACCCAAUGUUUUAAUCCUUGAUUCUUUGGGGAUCACCGGAUUAGACGCUAUUCAAAAAUUACAAGAUUCGAACGGUAUAAAUUUAAAUUUAUUAGAUUAUAAUACACUUUUACGUGGAUGUUUGAAUAUGAUGACGCGAUCAAAAUUUUUAAUAUUAUGCAAGAAAAUGAAGUUUAUCCAACCAAGUCUUGCAACUUAUACUAUUCUAACAGGUACUUAUUUACAGAAUAAUGAAAUCGAAAAGGCUAUAGAAUUAUUUAACAGGAUGAAAAAUGAUAAUGUAUCUCCGGAUUCACAAAUUUAUACUUUUAUGAUCGAUCUUUAUUGAUACAUAAAAAUAUUGAUGAAACGUACAAAUUAUUAUUA